CCCCCCCCUUUGCCUUGGGUGUGGGUGAGAGACUAGUUAUUCAACGUAGCUGUUGAUUCUGGCUCUCCCGUCUUCGCCGUGAGUUUCUUACUCCCUCUGUGUUGUCUGGAGCAAGCUGCGGAGUCGACAACAUGUUGGGAGCGCUGGUCGGGAUCGUGGUGCUUGUGGCUGCAACCCUCGGAGUGCAUGCCGUGGAUAACAUUCCCUCGAGGAGCGAUGAACGCUUCACUUACGAUUACUACAGGCUGCGUGUGAUCGGGCUGGUGGCUGCUGCUGUGCUCUGUGUGAUCGGCAUCGUCAUCCUCCUGGCUGCCAAAUGCAGAUGCAAGUUCAACCAGAAAAAAAGGAGCCGCUCGAACAGUGGAGUUCCAACAGCACAGCACCUCCUCGAACCAGGUGAAGCAACUGAGUGCUAAAGCCGCCCUCCACCUCCCACGGAAAGGACCAGGACACUUUCCCAGUGUGUACACAUUCUGUGUGCUGUACCUACUUAAGAUCAGUUCAGUCCCCAAGCACCACAUCUGAAGAAGUAUCUAAUCAGUCUUUCAGGGACUGGGCAGAAAUGUUUGACCCUGGGUUCUACAGGACUGCCCUGACGUGCUGCGUCCCUGUGUGUGUUUUGUAGUCGCUGUGUAGAAGCUGUCCGUACAAUCUCCUGUUUGCUGUGUGGACAUUUCCUUUUAAUAAUUCUUCUAACCGUGAUUAGAGUGUAAAUCUGUUUUGGUGUGCGUCUCCCGGUGGUGUCGAGAUUGGCAGGAUGUGGAAUGUUUGUUCCUCUACCGUGAGAGCGUGUAUGUGUGGGACCAUCCCCCAGUGAGGGUCAGUGUGUGUGUGUGUGACCUGUUCCCCCAGUGAGGGUCAGUGUGUGUGUGUGUGGGACCUGUUCCCCCAGUGAGGGUCAGUGUGUGUGUGUGUGUGGGACCAUCCCCCAGUGAGGGUCAGUGUGUGUGUGUGUGUGUGUGACCUGUUCCCCCAGUGAGGGUCAGUGUGUGUGUGUGUGUGGGACCUGUCCCCCAGUGAGGGUCAGUGUGUGUGUGUGUGUGGGACCUGUCCCCCAGUGAGGGUCAGUGUGUGUGUGUGUGGGACCAUCCCCCAGUGAGGGUCAGUGUGUGUGACCUGUUCCCCCAGUGAGGGUCAGUGUGUGGGACCUGUCCCCCAGUGAGGGUCAGUGUGUGAGACCUGUCCCCCAGUGAGGGUCAGUGUGUGUGUGUGUGGGACCUGUUUCCCCCAGUGGGUCAGUGUGUGUGUGUGGGACCUGUCCCCCAGUGAGGGUCAGUGUGUGUGUGUGUGUGUGAGAGAGAGAGAGAGAGAGCAGUGCAGAAUAUGGGAGAGAGAAGGGGCCAGAGUGUGAAAGAGAAUAAAAAAAACUUUCUGGUUGGGGGAGCAAGUAUACUUGAGUCUUUGCAGAGCAGACUGUAGACUUUGUUAUAAUCUACUGUAUACAAUGCCUUUUAAUGCAUGAUUUAUGGUGUCUACCAUAUGUAUCGGUCUACAGAGUCUAUCUGCCAUUAUAGUGUGUGGUGUACAGAGCCCUUUUCACUGGUCUGUUGCCUGCAGCAAGUCAUCUCACAGCAAUUUAAAUAGUGGGGCAUCCAAAGGAACUGCAGCAAAGUCUCCCGAUAACAGUAGGCACAGUCUGCCCCCCCCCCCCCCCAGUGAAAAGCAGACAGUAUAACCAGAAAAUUUUGCGUGCCUUUGCCUAUGUACUGUCACCCGACAACCCUUGCUGUGACCCGCUCUGUUGUAUGAGUUGCACCCAUCUGCCUGCUAUGGCGCCUCCAAGUGGUGGGAGGAUGUAACUGCAGCGUGACUGUUUACAUAGGCUGUGCUCAUUGUACUUGUGCUGAUGAGGUGGGUGGGAUUGUCUGUGGGAGGACAGGUUAGAAAUGGUGGUGGGGAGAGAGAUGGAUGUGCAAACCCUUCGUACUGAUGUCUAUUGAGUUUUAAAUCGCUGUUUUCAAUCUUUUAAUUCCUGUGGUAUUAGUGAAUUAACAAAGUGGCCUUAAAUGUUCUGUGAUUUAUAAUAAGUGACACACUUGUCUGAUCAAAUAAAGAGGGAUUGGCUAA